GCUAAUCAGGAUCAGCGGCCAUGAAGGAGCCCCAGCAAGAGGCUCCGGAGAUCUCCGUCACUGACCCAGACAUCAAGCUGUAAUCGGGGCACAAAUACCAAACCGCUUGCAGGUGCUUGGAGCUAAAGUAACCUUCUGAGGAGAGGCCUGUGAGGGAAAUUAGUAUGACAGAAGAGGAGUGAAAAGCAAGAGAUUGGAGCAACAGAAUUCACUUCUUUUUUUGUUGUUGUGUUUUAUUUUUUGUUAAACCAUCCCUCAUAUGCUGGAGCAUUUGCCGGCAGACGACACAAAACAAAGCAUACGGGACAGAAACUUGGAAGUAGAAGAUUUCUCUCACAGAUUUCUGUGAGACACUGAACCUAAGCCGCCAUCAUGGAGGCGGGUCUCCUAGAGGUUCUUGGCCGAUGAUGAAAUUGUCACACCCAGACUUGCCUGUGAAUCCCUGCCAUGUCUCCUUCACACGGUGACUUCUGAUGUCCUCAGAUAAACCCACAACUGAACCAUGGUCAUUCUGCAGCAGGGGGACUAUGUGUGGUUGGACCUUAAGACAGGUCGCGAGUUUGACGUCCCUGUGGGAGCUGUGGUGAAACUCUGCGACUCUGGACAGAUCCAGGUUCUGGACGAUGAAGGCCGGGAACAUUGGAUCUUUCCUCAGAAUGCCACCAACAUCAAACCAAUGCACCCAACCUCUGUCCACGGCGUAGAGGACAUGAUCCGACUGGGCGACCUUAACGAAGCCGGCAUCCUCCGCAACCUUCUCAUCCGCUACAAUGAACAUGUCAUCUAUACAUACACAGGCUCGAUCCUGGUGGCAGUAAAUCCUUACCAGCUGCUUCCCAUCUACACUCCGGACCACAUUCGCCUCUACACCAACAGGAAGAUUGGAGAGAUGCCGCCCCACAUAUUCGCCAUUGCUGACAAUUGUUACUUCAACAUGCAGAGGAACAACAAGGAUCAGUGCUGCAUCAUUAGUGGUGAGUCUGGAGCAGGGAAAACUGAGAGCACCAAGUUGAUCCUGCAGUUCCUGGCGGCCAUCAGCGGUCAGCAUUCAUGGAUAGAGCAGCAGGUCCUGGAGGCCACGCCUAUCCUGGAAGCUUUUGGCAACGCCAAGACAAUACGUAAUGACAACUCCAGUCGCUUUGGGAAGUACAUAGACAUCCACUUCAACAAACGAGGGGCCAUUGAAGGGGCCAAAAUAGAACAGUACCUGCUUGAGAAGUCUCGUGUCUGUCGACAGGCUGCGGAUGAGAGAAACUAUCACAUCUUCUACUGCAUGUUGAAGGGCAUGGCUCCAGAGAUGAAGGCUAAAUUGGGUCUUGGCCUGGCCAGAGAAUACUCCUACCUCACCACAGGUAACUGUACUGAAUGUGACGGCCGUGAUGACCUCGCUGAUUAUUCCAGCAUCCUUUCAGCCAUGAAGGUCCUUAUGUUUAGCGAGACGGAGAACCUGGAGAUUUCAAAGCUGCUGGCAGCCAUCCUGCAUUUGGGCAACCUGCGAUUUGAGGCUCGCACUUACGACAAUCUGGAUGCUUGUGUGGUUGUGAGGUCUCCGGACUUGAUGACUGCUGCUUCACUCAUGGAGGUGGAAGCGAAGGAUGUGAUGGUGUGCUUGACCACUCGAACCCUCAUCACUCGGGGUGAAAGCGUCACCACGCCCCUCAGUGUGGAACAAGGACUGGAUGUCAGGGACGCCUUCGUUAAGGGGAUUUACGGCAGGCUGUUUGUGUGGAUAGUAGAUAAAAUAAACGCAGCCAUUUACCGACCUCCUACCUGCGAGAGUAGCGUUAUAAGAAGGUCAAUCGGACUGUUGGACAUCUUCGGCUUUGAGAACUUCAUCGUCAACAGUUUUGAGCAGCUGUGCAUUAACUUUGCCAACGAGAACCUGCAGCAGUUCUUCGUUCGCCAUGUCUUCAAACUGGAGCAGGAGGAGUACAACCUGGAGGACAUCAACUGGCAGCACAUCGAGUUCACAGAUAACCAGGACGCUCUAGACAUGAUCGCCAACAAACCCAUGAACAUCAUCUCCCUCAUCGACGAAGAGAGCAAGUUCCCAAAGGGGACCGACGCUACAAUGUUGUAUAAACUCAACUCACAGCACAAGCUCAACACCAACUACUUUCCUCCUAAAAACAGCUAUGAAACCCAGUUUGGCAUUCAACACUUUGCUGGAGUGGUGCAUUAUGAAUCCAGAGGAUUUCUAGAGAAAAACCGUGACAGCCUUCACACAGACAUCAUCCAGCUCGUCCACUCGUCCAAGAACAAGUUUAUCAAGCAGAUCUUCCAAGCUGAUGUCGCUAUGUUUCUCUGUGGCUAUCAGCAGCCCAGCACCCCCACUCCGAAGGGUGUUGAAACAAGGAAGCGUUCUCCAACUUUGAGCAGCCAGUUCAAGCGUUCCCUGGAGAUGCUGAUGAGGACGCUCAGCGUGUGCCAGCCGUUCUUCGUCCGCUGCAUAAAACCCAACGAGUUCAAGAAACCAAUGUUGUUUGACAGAGAGCUGUGUAUUCGCCAGCUUCGCUACUCGGGGAUGAUGGAGACCAUCCGGAUCAGAAGAGGAGGUUAUCCCAUCAGAUACAGCUUUGCUGAAUUUGUGGAACGAUACAGAGUCCUGAUGCCUGGAAUCAAGCCUGCUCACAAACAGGAAGACCUGAGAGGAACCUGUCAGCGUAUCGUCUCAGCCCGGCUGGGUAAACAAGACGAUUGGCAGAUUGGAAAAACAAAGAUUUUCCUAAAGGAUCAACACGACAUGCAGCUGGAGAUUGAGAGAGAUAAAGCCAUCACUGAUAAAGUUAUCCUUAUCCAGAAAUCUGUGCGUAGACUGAAAGCCAGGACAAACUUUCUCCGACUCCGGAGCGCUGUGGUUUUUAUUCAGAAGGUCUGGAGGGGUUAUAGGAGCAGGAAGAAUUACCAGAUUAUGAAGUCGGGAUUCAUUCGCCUUCAGGCCGUCUGCAGGUCCAGGAAAUACUACAGAAGCUACCGAAUCACUCGGCAUCGCAUCACCCUCAUCCAAGCCCGCUGCCGAGGCUUCCUGGUCCGGCAGAGUUAUUGGAAACGUCUCCGAGCCGUGUUGACCCUCCAGGCCUACACCAGAGGCAUGAUAGCCAGACGCCUCUGCCAGAGGCUCAGGGCCGAGCGGAAGCGGCGCCUGGAAGCCGAACGGCAGCGCCUGGCUGAGGAGGAGCAGCUCCGGAACCAGAUGACGGUUCGGCGAGCCAAGGCAGAGGCCGAGAGGAAGCACCAGGAGCGACUUCUCCAGCUGGCAAAGCAGCAGGAGGAGCGGGAGAGGGAGGAGAAAGAGGAGGCAAGGAGGAAGAAGGAGCUGCUGGAGCAGAUGGAAAGGGAGAAGGAGCAGCCAGUGGACCACUCAGACAUGGUGGACCGGAUGUUUGGUUUCCUCGGGGACUCGGGACCGUUACCCAACCAGGACGGACAGGCACCGGCUGGGUUUGAAGACCUGGAACAAACUCCUGGCGCUGAUGAAGCCGAAGAGGAGAUGCUGAACGAAGCUCCACCGCUACCCGACGAGGAAGAGGAAGACUUGUCCGAGUACAAGUUCUCCAAGUUUGCCGCCACCUACUUUCAGGGUCUUUCCACCCACACCUACAUCAGACGACCCCUGAAACAACCUCUACUGUUUCACGAGGAUGAAGGAGACCAACUGGCUGCUUUAGCUGUGUGGAUCACCGUGUUGAGAUUCAUGGGCGAUCUGCCUGAACCUAAAUGCGAAAUGGUCCUCCAUGACGGCAGCGAGAAGAUUCCUGUCAUGACCAAGAUCUACGAAACCCUCGGCAAAAGGACCUAUAAGAAGGAGCUGCAGGAGCUGCAAGUGGAGGAGGAGAACAGCUCCGCAGACUCUCAGAAGAGGAACAGCAUCAGACAUAAACUGGUGUCUCUAACACUCAAGAGGAAAUCAAAGAUAACAGAGGAGGUCACCAGGCGGCUGACGGAGGGCGUGGAUUAUGGGCUUCAGGGGAACAGCAUGCUGGAGGAUCGACCCACCUCCAACCUGGAGAAGCUUCACUUCAUCAUCGGAAACGGCAUCUUACGGCCAGCCCUCAGGGAUGAGAUCUAUUGUCAGAUCUGCAAACAGCUCACUCAGAACCCGUCCAAGAGCAGCCACGCCCGAGGGUGGAUCCUCCUGUCUCUUUGUGUCGGCUGCUUUGCUCCCUCCGAGAAGUUUGUCAAAUAUUUACGGACCUUUUUGAAAAACGGUCCUCCUGGUUAUGCUCCGUACUGUGAAGAGAGGCUGAGGAGGACUUUUGUGAACCGAACGAGAACACAGCCACCGUCCUGGCUGGAGCUGCAGGCCACCAAGUCUAAGAAGCCCAUCAUGCUUCCUGUGACCUUCAUGGACGGCACCACAAAGACGCUGCUGGCAGACUCCGCCACCACAGCCUUCGAGCUCUGCAAUGCUCUAGCAGACAAAAUCAACCUGCGCAACCGUUUUGGCUUCUCUCUGUACAUCGCCCUGUUUGAUAAGGUGUCUUCCCUGGGCAGCGGCAGCGACCAUGUGAUGGACGCGGUCUCCCAGUGCGAGCAGUAUGCGAAGGAACAGGGGGCCCAGGAGAGGAACGCCCCCUGGAGGCUGUUUUUCAGGAAGGAGAUCUUCAGCCCCUGGCACGACCCCACAGAGGACUACGUUUCUACAAACCUCAUCUACCAGCAGAUCGUUAGAGGGGUGAAGUUUGGAGAGUACCGCUGUGAGAGGGAGGAAGAUCUGGCUGAGCUGGCCUCUCAGCAGUACUUUGUGGAUUACGGCCCUGAGAUCCUCCAGGAGCGCCUGCUCAGCCUCAUCCCGUCCUACAUCCCUGACAGAGAAAUCACCUCAACUAAGACAGCAGAGAAGUGGGCUCAGCUCAUCAUCAAUGCCCACAAAAAGGGAUUAUACCACAAAAGGAGGCAGAGCACUCAGAAGGUGAAGGAGGAUGUUGUGGAUUUUGCUCGGUUAAAGUGGCCUUUACUCUUCUCACGCUUCUAUGAGGCCUUUAAGUUUUCAGGUCCCAGUCUGCCAAAGAACGAUGUAAUUGUUGCUGUGAACUGGACCGGGGUUUACUUUGUGGACGAACAGGAGCAGGUCCUCUUGGAGCUGUCCUUCCCAGAGAUCACAGCUGUGUCCAGCAGUAGAGGCGGCAAACUGCAGGGUCAGAGUUUCACGUUGGCCACCAUUAAAGGAGACGAGUACACUUUCACCUCCAACAACGCAGAGGACAUCCGGGACCUGGUGGUCACCUUCCUGGAAGGUUUGAGGAAGAGGUCCAAGUAUGUGGUGGGACUGCUGGACUGUCCCAACCCUGCUGGAGUGGACUCCACCUUCCUGAGUUUCUGCAAGGGGGAUCUAAUCAUCCUGGACGAACAUGACGGAGAGCAUGUGAUGAACUCCGGCUGGGCUCACGGCAUCAACGACAGGACCAAACAGAGGGGAGACUUCCCAGCUGAUGGCGUCUACGUGCUGCCCACCAUCACCAGACCCCAGUAUGAUAUCGUGGCUCUGGUGACGAUGACCCCUAAUCAGAGGAGAGAGUCCCUCAGUUUGUCUCAGACCAGCCUUUCUGAGAUGGACAAAUCCAAGGCCUACACACUGGAAGAGUUCUCCUACGACUACUUCAGGCCGCCUCCAAAGAGCACUCUGAGUCGAGUAAUGAUGACCAAAGCUCGAGGGAAGGAGCGUCUGUGGAGCUGCAUCAGAGAGCCUCUUAAACAGCCUCUGCUGAAGAAGGUCCUGGCUCAUGAGGAGCUCUCCCAGGAGGCUCUUCUGGCCUUCAUAGCUAUAAUGAAAUAUAUGGGCGACUAUCCGUCCAAACGAGCUCGAUCCGUUAACGAGCUCACAGAUCAGAUAUUUGAAGGAGCGCUGAAGGCGGAGCCGCUCAAAGAUGAAGUCUACUGUCAGAUUCUCAAACAACUCACAGAAAAUCACAUCAAGUACAGUGAGGAGAAGGGCUGGGAACUGCUUUGGCUCUGCACUGGUUUGUUUCCUCCCAGUAACAUCCUGCUUCCUCACGUCCAGAAGUUUCUCCAGGCCAAGAAACAUUACCCGCUGGCUCCGGACUGCAUGCAGCGGCUGCAGAAAGCCCUGCGAAACGGAUCUAGGAAGUACCCCCCUCACCUGGUGGAGGUGGAGGCAAUCCAGCACAAGACUACUCAGAUUUUCCACAAGGUUUACUUCCCUGACGACUCGGACGAGGUGUUUGAGGUGGAGUCGAGCACGAAGGCUAAAGAUUUUUGCCACAACAUCUCCGGACGGCUGAUGCUUAAAUCCUCUGAAGGCUUCAGUUUGUUUGUGAAGAUCACAGACAAGGUCAUCAGUGUUCCAGACGGUGACUUUUUCUUCGACUUUGUAAGGCACCUGACUGACUGGAUUAAAAAAGCAAGACACAGUAGAGACGGUACUGCAGGUGUGAUGCCUUCACUGACCUAUCAGGUGUUCUUCAUGAAGAAGCUGUGGACCAACACGGUGCCAGGCAAAGACUCUAUGGCAGACUCCAUCUUCCACUAUUACCAGGAGCUGCCCAAGUAUCUUCGCGGCUACCACAAGUGUUCAAGGGAGGAGGUGUACCAGCUGGCGGCUCUGAUCUACCGGGUGAAGUAUGAAGAGGAUAAAUCCCAUUUCCAGAAUAUUACUAGGAUCCUGAAGGACCUCGUCCCUCAAGACCAGAUCCGACUUCUGUCCCCAGAGGACUGGAAGAGGUCGAUCAUGACGCUGUUCAACAAACAAUCAGGGAAAACGGCUGCAGACGCCAAACUCUCCUUCCUGAAAAUCAUUUACAAGUUGUCGACGUUUGGCUCCGCCUUCUUUGAGGUUAAGCAAACAACAGACCCAAAUUACCCAGAAACUCUCCUGAUUGCGAUCAAUAAACACGGAGUCAGCCUGAUUGACCCGAAGUCUAAGGACAUCCUGACCACUCAUCCCUUCACAAAGAUAUCCAACUGGAGCAGCGGCAACACCUACUUCCACAUCACCAUCGGAAACCUGGUUCGAGGCAGCAAGCUGCUCUGUGAGACGUCGCUGGGCUACAAGAUGGAUGACCUCCUGACCUCUUACAUUAGCCAGAUGCUGACAACGAUGACCAAACAGCGAACCUCCAAAGGCAACAGCAAGUGAUCCAGCCACCAUCAGUCCUGAACUCAUACUUCAAUAACUCCUCAGGAAAACCUACUCUUCAUUCAUCUGUCCUGUCUUAAAAACUCACCUUUUGCCUUUAAAAGUCACCUCAGAACAGACACUAAUCUCACUCUAGUCAACUACAAA